AUUUCAGUUAGAUGAUACAUAUUUCUCUUCUUCUUAUAAUGUUGUGAUUUUGAAGUUUUCUGCACUAAGUAGUAGUAUUUCAUUUCUAAUUGAUUGACACAUUGUAGGUCUUGGAUGUGAUUUUUAACAGCUGCAUCUUAGAUAGAAGUCUAAAUACCACUUAAAAAAGAUGACAAUGCCUUUCAAGGAAUUCUUCACUGAAUAUGGUGAAGCACAUCAAUAUGAAAUCCUAGAGGUUGUUGGGAAGGGGAGCUAUGGUGUUGUUGCAGCAGCAGUUGAUACUCAUACAGGAAAAAAGGUAGCGAUAAAGAAGAUCAACAAUGUUUUUGAGCAUGUCUCUGAAGCCACCCGCAUCCUUAGAGAAAUAAAGCUCCUUCGGUUGCUUCGGCACCCAGAUAUUGUAGACAUAAAGCAUAUUCUGUUACCUCCAUGUCCUAGAGAAUUCAGGGAUAUAUAUGUUGUUUUCGAGUUGAUGGAGUGUGAUCUUCAGCAUGUGAUUAAGGCCAAUGAAAGUCUCACACAACAUUAUCAAUUCUUUUUGUAUCAGCUUCUUCGAGGUUUAAAGUAUAUGCACACAGCAAACGUGUUCCAUCGAGAUUUGAAGCCAAAGAACAUUCUAGCAAAUGCAGAUUGUAAGCUGAAAAUUUGUGAUUUUGGGCUUGCUCGUGCAGCAUUUGGCGAUACCCCAUCUACUAUUUUCUGGACUGACUAUGUGGCAACUCGUUGGUACCGUGCUCCAGAACUUUGUGGUUCUUUUUACUCCAAAUACACCCCAGCAGUAGAUAUGUGGAGUAUAGGAUGCAUAUUUGCAGAAAUCCUUACAAAAAAACCAUUAUUUCCUGGGAAGAAUGUGGUCCACCAAUUGGAUCUGAUUACCGAUCUGCUUGGUUCUCCAUCCACUGAAGCCAUUUCAAGGAUUAAAAAUGACAAAGCAAGGAGAUAUUUAAGCAGCAUGAAAAAGAAAUCCCCUAUUCCUCUCUCUCAAAAAUUCCCAGACAUUGACCCAUUAGCUCUAAAGUUACUUGAGCGUUUGAUUGCAUUCGACCCCAAAGAUCGCCCUUCUGCUGAAGAGGCACUAGCGCAUCCAUACUUCUGUGGUUUAGCAUACAAGGAGCAUGAACCUUCUGCUCGGCCUAUUUCAAAAUUUGAGUUCGACUUUGAAAGAAGAAAACUGGCAAAAGAGGAUAUUAGAGAGCUCAUCUACAGGGAGAUUUUGGAGUACCACCCUCGAAUCUUUAGGGAUAUCUUGUCGAGCAUACUAGCUUUUUUGUAUCAUGGGGCUGAUUGCUUUAAGGAACAAUUUGACCUUGAGGGGCACUAUGGUGGAGAUGGAAGAAAUGCUCUCCAUCCAAGGCGAUAUGCCUCUUUGCCUAGGUUACGGGUCCGUGUUCCCGAUAGAUAAAGGAGAAACGGUCGGCAUGGUGAAUUUGAAAGGCAUGUUGAAGCAGCUGUUGCUCAUAGAUGCCUUCCAAGUCCCACAAGAUCACACGAGGUCAACAAAGCUGAUGCAAGUAAUCAAAAUGUAGGUCAUAGGCAGAGUGAGCUUAGUCCAACAAGCAACACUGCGCGCUGCAUAAGAAGUGCUAGCAUUAGCUUUUCCAAAUGUGUUGGGGCAGUGUGGGAGGACUGUGAGGAUACAACUUGCAAACGAUAUGAUAAUGGGAUUAAUAGAUCAUCCAAGGAGCCAGCAGCAUUGUAUGCUUGAGUUUUUAUUCUGGACGGAUGAGCUGGUGGUAGAUUUCUGGUAAGUAACACUUGCUAGGAUGUAACUAUAGGUGUUCUAUUAUUGGAUGUAAUAAAAACAAUUGGUACCAAGAGGUCGAAGAUCAGCCCGUUCCUUAUGAAUGACAUUCAAGGCUACCCUCUGCAGACCUCAGCUAGUUUUAUAUUGCUUUGACAGAAUGAUGAAAUGCAAUGAAUGUAAAGAGUUUUAACUACCUGAACAACUAUUUUGAUGUAUAUAGUCCCCUCUGUUUUGUUCUCCUAAAGUGAUUGUAAUUGUUCUUUGUCCAUUUUCAUCUCUUUUUCUUAGCGCGAGGUGAAGUUGUGUAAGUCUUGCAACUCUGUCAGCAGAAUUUGAAUCUUAUUCUCUAAGUCGAGAUUUUACUUGUCAAA